UAUAUUCAUCCAAUUCUCUAUGAAAUGUCAGUCAAAGAAUUUUUUCAAAAACUUACUGAAGAAAUAUUGGUGCUAAAUUUAGAUUUUGAACAAGUCAAAUCGAUCGAAAUAAGUAAAUCAACAAAUUCAACCGAAGCUAUACCAACAAGUUCUGAUUGUAAUAUUAUCAAAUUAACUAAUACAUUUGGAGCAAAUAUUUAUUAUCACCUAAAAGAAGAACAAAUAUUUUAUAACUAUCAAAAUGGUUUGGAUAUUUUUAUGCAAACAGCAAGACAAAAAAAUAAAUUAUAUGUUCCCAAUUUUACAUAUGCAGAUAACCAAGGAAAACAAUUUGUUUUUUCUCUAUCAGAAAUUCUUUGGUAUUUGGAUAUUCGCAACCAUAAAAACUUAAAGAUCAAA